AUUCGAUUCUUCUCUGCGUUGCUCUGCAGUCUGUGAAGUAAUGCCUCAAACUACACCUUCAACCAGGAGAGAUCCAGACGGAGAAGACGUGAUUUAUCUGCGCACGGAGGAUGAUGUUUGCUUUCUAACGACGUCUCUUGUUGACCAUUUGUCGGCGGAUUGUCAGCGUGGCUUUAUUUCUGCAUGUGGUUUUGGUUCAAAUCGCUGUAAAAUCGAACGUUCUUUAUCAAAGGAUGAACCAGCAAAUAUGAGUCACUGCAGUUUUACAGUAGAGAAUGCAUUGUCUGUUCGUGCUCUUCAUGAGAUGGUUUCAAGCAAUCGGUUGGUCAACUCGAAAUCUAGGAGAACUCUUCUUUAUGGCCAUGCCAUAUUGCUAAAACACAAAAGUAGUCAGAAGUAUUUAUGCUGCUUGCAUACAGUAACAUCAACAGACAAACUGGCAUUUGAUGUGGGGCUAGGCAACCAACCAGAGGAUGAAUCUUGUUGGUUCACUGUUCAUCCUUCUUCAAAACAACGAUCUGAGGGUGAAAAAGUUCGUGCUGGUGAUGAUGUCAUCCUUGUCAGUGUUUCGUCGGAGAGAUUCUUGCAUGUUGAUGGUGACUCAUUGCAGGUGUCUUUCCAGCAAAGUGUGUGGACUGUUCAACCUGUUUGCUCUGGACGGCAACGAUCAGUUCUUAAAGGAUAUCUUCAUGGAGGAGCUGUAGUUCGAUUUUUUCAUUGCCAUGCAAACCAGUGUCUGACGGCUCCUAGGGAUGCUUCUUGGCCUUGCAACGCUCGAUAUGAGGGUGGAUCUAUGAAUAAGCAUGCUCGGUCAUUGUGGCUUAUUGAGACAAUGAAGAAGAGAUGGAGUCAUGGGUUUAUUCAAUGGGGCCAACCUGUCAGAAUCAAGAGCCUAGUGUCAGGGAAGUAUCUUACUUUGAAUGACAACAGCAUGAGACUGGAGGUGCACCCAACCCUGGAUUCAUCAGUUUUUGUUCUUACUCAAUCAGAGAAGGACAACACAGAGUUUGAUGAGAGCAAAUAUGAAAGCAUGGGAGAGCCGUCAAUACGUGUUGGAGAUUCAGUUGUAUUUGUACGUCAUAAGUCAAAAUUGUUGUGGUUGGGGCACCAGGUUCAAACUGGAAUGUCCAAGCGACAGAAGAGGGGACGAGGACUUCAUUAUGAAAAAGCUUUUGGUGUGGCAAUGUGGCAUAUGGAUUUUGGUUUUACAUUAACAAGGGCAGGUGAAGAGGAACACAGAGCAGCUGAUGUCAUGCGAAUAUCAACUCGAGUCAUAAAGAGCUUCCGAGAUUGUGUAAAAAAGAUGGACGAGGGAUGUAUCGAUGAGCAAGAGGAGUUGAGUGUAGUAGAAGCGAUGAGAGAGAUGCAAGCAGUCCAAGAUGGAUUGCUACUUCAUUUUGCUGAGCCAGAUAGCAAAUCUGAUCAAGACAGUCAGCAGACACAGUACAAGAUAUUGAAAAUGAGACAAGAUUUAUUUCGUGAACAGGGAAUGAUUGGUCUGCUCUUGGAGACAACUGAACGUCUAUCACAAGUCUGCAACAAUGCAGAAUCAGGCCCAUGUGAACAGUUGCUAGAUGUUGUUGUGAACAUGUAUACACUGCUAGCUGCUGUGAUACAAGGCAACCGAGUAAAUUGCUCUCAGUUUGCACAUGCUAGAUGUCUUGAUUGGCUUUUUAAACGACUGAGCUCAUCUGCAAGAAAGGCAGCUAAAGGGACACUGCAAGUUCUUCAUUGUGUCUUAACUGGUAGCCCAGAGGCUUUGAACAUGAUAACAAAUAUGCACAUCAAGUCACUAGUUAUUUACUUGGAAAAGAAUGGACGUGAUGAAAAGGUGCUUGAUGUGCUUUCAUCACUCUGUGUGUGGAACAAUGUUGCUGUGCGAGACAAUCAAAAUCUCAUUCGGAAGCAUUUGCUGCCAAAGAAGGGAAUUCUACUAAAGACAUUUCUUGUUGACCACAUUGAAACCUUACGAGCAAAUGUGUUUCUUGGUGUUUGUGAAGGAGCUGCUUCUUAUCCAAGGUGGUACUUUGAGAUGGCUGUAUUAAGUGCUCCGCAUCAAAGAAGCAGUGCUUCAUUUUUUCGUGUGGGUUGGGCAAAUAUUGAUGGAUUCAAGCCAUUCUUUGGUGGAGGAGGUAGCCAUUGUUACGGUGGUGUUGGAGAUGACUUUAGUUCUGUUGGCUUUGAUGGUGAGAAGAUCUGGGUUGGUGGUCAUUCUGUCCAAUGUUCUUUUGCUAGAAAGAGGAAGAGUCUGGUUAAGCAAGUCAUGUCACUGCACUCUGAGGACUGGACUCUAAUGGAGUCAUCAAAAUUGGAUUCCUCUGACUGUGCUCGGAGUUCAGUCUGUGCUUUGAAACAAGGAGAUGUUGUUGGUUGUUUGCUGGAUUUGGUCAGCCGUACAGUGAUGUUCACUGUCAAUGGAAAGAGUUUGUCUGAGUAUGCAAGUGAUAUUGACACAACUGGAACAUUUUGUCCUGUACUAAGUAUGUCAGCUGACUUCAGUUGUUCUUUGAAAUUUGGUGAGAACUUUGGUUCUUUUAGCCAUUCUCUUCCAAACGGCUACUCACCUGCAUGCGAGGCUAUUUAUAGUAAUUCUGUUUGUGUUGAACGUUUUGUUUCUUGCGGCAACAUGGCUGAUGGAGAAAUAGAGGGUUUGCCUGCUCUGAUGGAUUAUUCUGGUUACGUGCCAGCUCCUGUUGACACUUCAAAUGUUGAAUUACCUUCUUGUGUUGAGCUGAUAAAAGAUCAGCUAGCUGAAAAUAUUCAUGAAGUUUGGGCAGUGAACAAGAUUGAUCAAGGCUUUGCAUAUGGACCUAAAAGAGAUGAUGACUUGAAGCAUAAUCCAUGUUUGAAGCCUUUUGAUGAGUUGACCGACACUGAAAAGGCAUAUGAUGUUGAAAUGGCAUUUCAGACACUCAGGACCCUACUGGCUCUUGGCUAUCAGAUUGGUAUUGAAACAACACAAAGUGCACCUAUUCCAAAGCUGCAACUUGAUCAGAAGAAAUAUACAAUGUCAAAUGGAUAUCGACCUCAACCACUUGAUUUGUUCACUAUUUCUAAAUUACCAAGGCAUUUAGAGAAGCUAGUUGAUUUGCUUGCCAAGAAUGCUCAUGAUGUUUGGGCCAGUGCCAGAAUUUCAGAAGGAUGGACAUAUGGAAGGGCGAAGGAUGGAGAUAACAAAAGGAAUCCACUGCUUGUCCCUUAUGAAAAGUUGAGUCAUGACGCACAGCAAUCCAAUAAGUCUACAGCAUAUGAGUCAGUUCGAACACUCCUUGCGUUUGGAUAUGUCUUGCAGCCAACUUCUACUGAUGAACAGUCUGUCCAGGAUUUGGGCAGAGAGUUGUCUACUGUAGAGUACAGUUGUCGCACUUACAGAUGUCAAUACACGUCAGCUGUUUCCACUGGCAAAUGGUAUUUUGAGGUGAAGAUGGUAACAAAUGGGUAUGCUCGUGUUGGUUGGGCUUUAGCACAGUUUCAAGCAGGACAGCUACUAGGAAGUGAUCGUUUGUCAUAUGCAUUUGAUGGAUACUUGGCUCGCAAGUGGCAUGGAGAUUCUGAGAACUUUGGUCGAACGUGGGCAGCAAAUGAUAUUAUUGGCUGUCUUCUGGACUUGAAAAACAAGACAAUGGAGUUUACUGUCAAUGGUAGCUUAUUGACAGAUCAGUUUGGUCUGUCUGUAGCAUUUGAUAAUUUACCAGCUGAAGCAUUUGUACCUGCAGUUACUCUUGGAAUGGGGCAGAAAGCAAAGAUAAUUCUUGGACAUGACUUGAACACAUUACAGUACUACAAUCACGUAGGACUUCAAGAAGGCUAUGAACCAUUUUGCAGGAACAUGACUAAGGCAGUACCAGUGUGGUAUUCACGGAACUUGCCUGAAUUUCAAGAUAUUGCAUUGCAUCAUCCCAGACUCCAGAGUGAGAGAGUGCCUUUCUCUUCUCCAAAAUGUUCAGGGAAAUUAGGGCGUGUGCUAAAACUACAGAAAAAGAAUGCUGAUCCAAACUCAAUCCCCCAAUGGGAGUACAUUCGACUUAACAUGUGUGUCAGCUGUGGCUCUGGAAAAGAGAACGUGUUUGACCAACAGCAUAGUUUUGAUGUAAGUGCAUUACAAGGACUAGACUCUUCUGACUUAGGAUUGGAUGAAGAUGCUACUGAGGUUCCUUGUGGCCAAUUUUCAUUUUCUAUUCGAAUCUUUCCUGGUCAGUUGCUGUCAGAAGUUGAAGUUGGCUGGGUAACGGCUGGGUUCCAUAGCCUUGCUAUCCCAGGAAUGAAUGGAUAUCGUUGUUCUGAACAUGGUGCUACACUGAGGAAGAAUGCCAGCAGUGGGUACAAUCUAGGUGGAAAUGAUGACAAAUCGGGGCUUAAAGUGAGAGAGGCAUACAUGUGCAAGUUGUCUUCAUUAUGUUGCUCUGAACGUGAUCGGCCAAUUUCUCGAGAAUUAGUAGUGCAUUGCGUUUUGGACACCAAACAGUGUAUGGCAUUCUUUAGGCUGGCUGAAUGUGGACGUCAACGUCGAGACUCAGAGUCACAAUCAAUGAAAGUGCUUCCAGGGACAACUCUUUUCCCAGCUUGUUUUAUUCUGUCUUCAGGUCAGCGAGUUGUCCAAUUUCAAUUUGAUCCAGCAGAGGGUUGUGAGCCUCUUGCUGCUGCAAUGAUAUCUACAGUUAGUGACUGUUCUGUUCACCAAUGUCCUCCUCGUUUUCAGCUCCAGUCAUUAGAAGAGUGCUCAUGGGUGAGAAUGCAGGACCAGUCUAUGCCUUCUGUUGUAACAACUGAAGCUGAUGGUGCAAGAACUGUAAGCAGCUCUGAAACAGCCAAAUCAGUAGUUGCAGUUUUACUUGAGCAAGAGAAGGCUAUUGACCUUCUGGAGUUGGUUGAGCAGCCAGCAUUGCUUAGCUUUCAUGCUCAAUCUUUAGCUCUUUUUUCUGCAAUGUCAUCACAUGGAAACAUUCGUGUAACUAACCUACUACAAACAAUGUUUGACACAGACGAGCUAAUGUGGUGUGCAACAUCUGGGGAUCUUCCUGGACCUCUCAGGUCUGGUUAUUAUGACUUGCUCAUUUCACUGCAUUUAGAGGCUCAUGCUAGUGCACGUGAACUGGUUAAGCAUGAAUUUAUUAUACCAUUGACAACAGUCUCUUCUGUAUCUGCUAAGAACACAAAGAGAAUUUGUACACCAGCUGAAGGAGAAGUAGCUAAUCAUCUUGGCCAUUUUAUAUUAAGUACAGAGGGAAAUCACAGUUGUCUACAACACACUAUUUUGGAGUUGAACUUUCCCAUUGCAAAGUUGAAGUGUUAUGCCAUGAAUCAGAUAGAGAGUAUGUUGCAGCAGUGUGCAGUGUUUAGAAGAGAUCUCUGUAAUCAAGCCAGAGUGGACUUUUUUGUUCCUGUGCUGAAAUUGAUUGAUCGUCUUCUUGUCAUAGAUCUCUUAACCUCACAUGAUCUGGAACGUUUGCUCAUAAUGCUCGAUCCUGAAACCUUUUUAAACAAAGACAAUCAGUGUUUGUCACAUGGUUUGAUUGCUCUUGCAGUUCAAGAGCCAGUGAAGCUUCAGAUAGUACAAAUCCUUCAACACUUAUGUGACAUGCAGGUUCGUCGGAAAAUUGAGUCGAUUGUAGAGUUUGGCAAAGACUUUAUACGGAGCUUACAAGUGGAUCAAGAGCAGCGUUUGACAGCUAUCAAGAAGUCAUCCAAGUACUCACCGUCUGUAACAGCCAAAAAGACCAGAGAGUUUAGAAUGGCUCCUUCUGAGCAGAUGGACCUAUUGCUUGACAUGUUUCACAAUGAGGUGGAGUGGCAAGAGGGCAGGAAAUUAGCUAGUCAUCUUCAGGCGUUUCAUGAAUUUCUUGUCAUGCGCUGCCUUUUGCCUGUGGACAAGCAUGAUGUCCAAGAGAACAAGUCAGAUCACCAAAGUUGGUCAUCAAGGUUAGUGGAAAGACUGAGGGAAUGGAAAAAAGUUGGUGCCAUGGAACAAUUGUCUGACCAUCAUGAAAUACAGUGUACACAAGCAUUGCGUGGUUUCAUAGCACAAACGAUGAUGAAUUGGGCAAAACAAGACAUUAAAGAUCCUCAGUUGACACAAGAAGUGUUUUCACUUCUUUACAGACAGUAUGAUGGUGUGGGGGAGGUCUACAGAGACCUUACCAAGGCUUAUGUUGUAAUGGAUACCAGAUCAGGAGACAUUAUUGAACUUAUGGAGUCUCUUGGGCAAGUUUUAUCUUUGCUUCAUGUUCGAAUGGGUCCAGAUGAAGAAGAAAUUCUUAGAGAUGGACUCAAAAAUAUUGCUUUAAGUACUCUGUUCUUUCAGCAUCCUGAUUUGAUUCGAUCUCUUGGUGUUCAUGAAGCAGUGCUCAACAUUUUAAAAAAUAUUUUGGGUACAGUAGCAGGAGGCUCACGUCUUAAUCUCAUGGAGAGAAAAUCUAAAGCUAGUUCACCAGCUACUGUUGCCGCAUGUUGUAAGUUUCUCAUCACCUUUUGCCGAACAAGUCGUCAGAAUCAGAGAGCAAUAUUCGAACAUUUAGAGUUUCUUUUGCAGCACUGUGGCCGUGCUUCUUGUUACAUAAAAGGGUUUAGUCCUCUAUGUGUAGCAGUAGCUGCAGUGCGAGAGAGUCAGGAACUUGCACUUGCUCUACGUGACUCUCACAUUGAGACAGUUGUAGGCUUAUUAGCUACUGCUGCUAUUGGUCUUCCCACAACCAACAGUAUAAGUUCCUUAGACUCAGCAUGGCCAGGAUCAAGUGACAAACGUAUCAGUCGGUCUGAUAGUUCAUAUAGUCUUGAAGAGUGGUCACCAAAGGAAUGUGAACGCUUUCUUGAUUUCUUGCGGCACAGUGUGUGGGUGAAUGGUCAAACUGUUGAAGAAAAUGCCUCCCUUGUUGUAAGGUCUUUGAUUCGUCGUCCAGAAUGUCUUGGUCCAGCUCUGGAAAGUGAUGGGCAAGGAGUUCUGCAGACAAUAGAAGACGCUAAUGAGGAGGCAGAAACAUACUUUCGCAGACACAUUGACCAGUUUAGUGCAGAACUAGAACAGAAACAAGAGUCUCAGUCUCAUCUUGGUGCUGACUGUGAUGAUUUUUACAUGUCUCCAAGUAGAUGUUCUCCCAUUCUUGAAGAGGAAGAAAGGCAUGUUAAAGUAAAAACAGUUGAGAAGACAACUGUUCAGUUUGCUGAAGAAGAUAAAACUUUAGAGUGUCAUGAUCGAGUUAGUGAGUCAUCUACUUCUAGUGAACAUCGGAAUGCUAUGGCAGUAAACAUGAAGAGAAUUCCACUAUUGCCAGAUCAUGAAUCAGUGCUUAGUCAGAAUGCAUGGGACACGGCUAGUGAAAGUGACCUUGUAACUCCAUUUUCUCCUAAACCAGGAAUUGAUUUCUCAUUUCUUCGUCUUGUAAGUAGUCAGUGUGAAUUAGGACCAACACAUGAAAGCUCAGAAGAACCAAUUAGCUUGGAGACUAUGCCUUUGAGAACAGUGCUUAAACGAGAGACUUCCCAUUCUGGGUCGGAGCAGGAAACAAGAAAAAUAAGAUUUCAGCAACAGAGUUUUGGUGAGAGUUUGAAUGAUAAGUCAGGAAUAAAAGAUGAUGACAAGGGUACAAAUACUUUGAACUUUUAUGGAAGUUUGAUAGACUUGCUUGGGCGAUGUGCAUCUGUGAGGCAUGGUGUAAUUCAGCAAGGAUCACAGAUACAAAAUCAGUUGGAUUCAGUAACUCGACUUCAUUCUAUUUUGAAGAGUCUCAUUCCACUGGAUGAUUUACUUGGCAUUCUUAAAAUUCCAUUUAAUGUGCCAAUUGUCAAUGAUUGUACAUUACCUUUACAAUUCGUAGGGAUUAAUCCACAGCACAAGGCAGCAGUAUUGUUAUUUCUUGAUCGAGUGUAUGGUGCUGGAAAUGAAACAACUCUUGUUCAGCUGCUGGAACUUUCAUUUCUUCCUGAUAUCAGAGUUGCCAUCACACUUGGAAUGACUGCAGAUUUUCACUCUGGCUGUGUUAUGUUACUGAAUCGUUAUAUCUUUGCAUCUGUUCUGCCUUUGUUGACAGUCCAUGCUCAGACUUUUCAUGGACAAACAAAGCACAUUGCUGUAAUUGAUGCUCUCUUGCACACGUGCUAUCAUCUUUCUAGAAGUCAGCAGUUGACUGCAAGACAAAGGCAAAAAGUAGCUGAUUUUCUUGUUGCCUUUACAGAUGAACUAAAUCCAUCUAUGAUGCAGAGGCUUAUGAGGAAGCUUGUUCAUGAUGUUCAGAAUCAUAGUGAUAAUGCUGUGUUGGCUUUACGAGUUAUUCACCAACAUUAUGUUCAUUUUAAGAAGUACUAUGGUGUCCCAGGUCAGGGAGCUACAGUAUAUGGUCUUGCAAACAGUGAAGAGAAACAUAUGACAAUGACAACUUUUGCUAUCUUGGUUGAUGCUCUUCAUAAGCAGAAUUGUGAUGAGAGUGACUUUUUCUCUACUGCACUGAAUUGUCUGUUUGCCGUGGGUUGUGCUCUUGCACCAGACUACACAUUGCAGAGAGAUGUGUAUAACCAACUGAAGAAGGCAAGUGUGGACAGGUACACUCCUUCCCCAUCACCUGCACCAUCUCGAUGGAAUGAACACAUGAGGGCUAAUGUCGAACAAUAUGCUGAACGCGCUCACGAUGAUUGGUCUCAUUGUAUGAUAGACAGUGGUUGGGUGGAGGGUUCCCAAUAUGAUGAAAUGCAGAGAUGUCAUCCAUCGAUAAAACCGUUUUCUCAACUUCCAGAAGAUUGCAAACAGUUGUACCGCAGUGAAGCAAUUGUUUGCAUUGAGGCAAUGUUUCGAUGGGGUUGGGAUGUGCACUGUGAAGACCAUGAUAUAGCUAAUGAACAGGCUAGACAAUUAUUAUCGUCUUCUUCUUCCAGUUCGUUGUCAUCGGAUGGUGAUAAGUUUGUUUACAGCCCACAGCCAGUGGAUUUAACGAAUGUAGUUCUGCCUCAAGAUCUGGAGGCACUGGGUGAGAGGUUGGCUGAGUUCUUAUGUGAAAGUCGUACUGAUGAUAGUAGGUUUCCUGUCACUGCUUGUAGAGAAGGCUCACCUGUUGGUUCACAUUCUGCCAUGGCUCGGUAUGACAUGCUAUUGGAAAAAGAGAAGAUAACUUAUCGAAACACUUCUCAUCGCUUACUGAAAUUUCUACUACUAUGUGGAUACAAAAUCAAAAGAGCAGAAGAUUUUGAGAUGAGUAGACAGGUUCAUGCAUCACAGUCUUUGGACAGGCGAUUUGCAUAUUGGCUUCUUCAGUGGGUUAUACAAAUUCUAGAUCAAGCAUCUACUGAGCUCUCACAUGGGAUACAGCAACAACGACUUUUUGGACCAAAGGUAAUUGUUCCCUUGCUAACCUCAUACCUGGAGACACACUAUCAAUAUUUCUCCAGUGCUGGUAGUCAUAAGGGUCGUACAUUGGCUUCUCAAGAAGAGAAGGCUUUGAUUUUGAAACUUCUAUGCACUGGAGUGUCAACAAUUAGAGAAAAUAUACAUUACUUUAUUGACAAGAUUUCAAGCGUGAAUCGCUAUCAUUUGUCAUUGAUCAAGUCACUGGACAUCAAAUUUAUGCUUGAGUACACUUCUCCAGACAUUGAAAUGGUCUGGAAAUCUUUCUUUAGUACAGCUGCUCAGGACUUAGCUGUACAACCAGUUGGUGAUAUGGAGACAUAUGUGUUUGUAUUUCUUAUUCCCAAUCUUGGUCAUCUUUACUAUCACAUUGGCAAACAGGAUGGUCAAGAAUUGAUCAAUGAAUACUUUGAGUAUGCUGAGAAGAUGGUGUCAAGAUUGUAUCGGCUUGGAAAAUUAGCUGAAUUGGGUGACCCUUCCUUCUAUUCUGUAAUUGGUGAGACUUUGGGGUCAAUGGCUUUAGCAAUGCCAACCACUUUUCUUGAAACAAAGUCAAAUAUGCCGGGCAUGCCUCAGUUGGCUUUCCUAUUGGAAGAACUGGAAGUAGUUGAUGUGAAGAUGAGUUCAGCUAUCGAGUCUCAAAAAGAGACAUCUGAUUUGUCAGCUGUGACUCAAGGAACCAUUACCAUUCCUAAUUCUUUGGCAGUAAUAGUUCCUCUCUUAUGCAGUUACAUGUCUGAAUGGUGGUGUAAAGGACCUAGUGCAUUGUGUUUAAGGCAUGGUGCUCAGUUUGCAACUUGUGUGGAUAGUGAUUUAGUUGACACUGUACUUGGGCAUAUUCUUUCUAUUGCAAGUACGCAAUUUUACUGCAGAAAGUCCGAGUGGAUUGUCAAGCUGACUACAUAUGCUAUACCAUUAGUUCCUUACACUACAAUUUGUCUUGUGAGUGGACAUUUUCUUCCUGUUAUUGAAAGCCUUCACGAAGCUGCAGAGAGUUUACUUCGAUUGGGUGAGACUCUAGAUGACCAUAAGAAUCCAGUGGAGCUAGAAGCAAAGCUAAUUCAACAUUACAACAUGUUAAUACGAGACCUCACUUCUCUUUUGAAUCUUCUGUUGCCAUUCAUUGAUCAUCACAAAGACCUGCUGAAAGAAGAUGAGAAAUCCUUGGCUAUGAAGUUGUUUACAGAAGUUGGUGCUGUUUUUCACUGCUGGUUCAAGUCACCCCACUUUCGUCGUGAAUAUCAAACUUAUUUAGUUACAUUACAAAGCCAGGACUCUGCUGACAAUCAGACAUCAAAUGGCAGCUGUACAGGUCAGUCUUCUGCUAGUGCAGUACUGGCAUCUUGGAUCCCAGGAUUGAAUGGGAAACUUAAAUCAUCAAAGGAAGUAACUGCUGCCAAUAGAGGGCCUGUUAUCAAUCCGCUAGCUCAUUGUUUGAAAACUCUACUUCCCAUAUGCAUGGAAUCAUUGACAAGCAGUGAAAAGAGUUUAGUUCAAGAUGGCCAAAGACUGAUUUUACAGAACUACACUGAAGAAGACUUGCUGGCUUCACUUGAGAUGACACUGCAGUGUUUGAAGCCUACUAAAACAUGGCAUAAAGUUUCAAGAAUAAAUCAAGAUGCUAGUCAAGACAUACAUUCUGACAAGAUUUGUAACAUAGUUCGAGCCUUGCAUCAUCUUCACCAUAUUGAACAUCCAAUCCAAGGCAAGCACAGUGUUUGGAAAAGGAUUGUCUCUGCACAGAAGAAACGUGCUGUCAUGAGGUGCUUUCUUAUGGUGCCACUGUACAAAUUGCCUCUUCAUCGGGCUAUAAAUUUGUUUCUAUCGAGCUACAGAGAUAUGUGGUUGAAAGAUGAUGUCAAGUACCAUGCUAUACUGAUAGAUCAUUUGACUCAAACAAAGGAGGCUAAUGAGGCCUUGAGUUCGAAUGAAAUGACUAUGGCCACUCAGGUAGCUUUACGAUCAUCAAGAAACUUGUCAAGCCAAGCUGUAACUGCUGCUAAGUCAUUGCAACAGUUAACUGUAGUGUCAUCCACUCCUUACCAGUUUGUUGAUCCAUUGUCACAACUGGUUCAGUAUUUCACUCGAGCUGCUGCAAGUGAACAACUACGUGCAGAUGACGUACUUUACACUUCGUAUGGGGAAAUAAUGAGCCAGAGUUGUGGAACAGAUGAAGACCUAGAGUUUGAUGAACAGUUUGCUGAAACUUCAUUUCAAGAGCAAGAACGAGAAAAACGGCUUCUUCUCAAGAAGCAGAGUAAUUUGUCAGCUCGAGGAUCAGCACAGAUGGUAAUCAUGAUGCUUUCGGAAUGCUCUGGUCAAAUAACACCUGUCACUCUGCAGACUCUACAUCUUGGUAUCUCACUGCUGAGGGGAGGGAAUCCAUGUGUACAGUCUAUGAUGCUGGAAUACUUGACAUCACGAUGUGAUGUUGGUUUCUUCAAUGCCGUAUCCUGUCUGAUCACUGCUUGCAGUGUGUUGGACUUGGAUGCUUACGAACGACACAAUAGAGCUGAAACACUUGGAUUGAGCAAAGAAGAUACAGAGAGCAUCAAAGCUAUGAGUGACUCUUAUUUCACGUUGUCUCUGUUUCGAUUUUUGCAGCUUUUGUGUGAAGGCCAUAAUGACGCGUUUCAGAAUAUGCUAAGAACACAAGCUGGUAACACCACAACAGUGAACAUUGUCAUCUGUACAGUCGACUAUUUGCUUCGUCUACAAGAGAGCAUCAGUGACUUCUAUUGGCAUUAUUCAGCUCGUGAAAUGAUUGAUCCCCAGGGGCGAGAGAGCUUGUCACGUUCUGUUCGGGUUGCCAAACAAGUCUGUCGAACAUUGACUGAAUAUGUUCAGGGACCAUGUGUAGAAAACCAGCUUGCACUUGCUUACAGUCGGUUGUGGGAUACUGUUGGCGGUUUCUUUCAUGUAUUUGCAAAGAUAAUGAAUCGCCUGUCUCAGGAUGUAUCACAACUGGAAUUAUUGAGAGAGCUGCUAAAGCUUCAAAAGGAGUUAGUAAUUUUGCUACUAGGUUUGCUAGAGGGAAAUGAAUGCCCCGAUGUCAUUGGGAAGCAAAUGGUUGAUACUUUGGAAGAAUCGUUUUUCUAUUUGGAGGAAAUUCUUCGCUUCUUUGAUAUGUUUAUUAGACUGAAUGACAUUAUCAGUUCUACUGCUUUUAAGGAAUUUGAUACGAAUCAAGAUGGUUGGAUUUCAUCGAAAGAGUUUGAGAGGGCCAUGCAGGCUCAGAACAUCUACAACAAACAAGAAAUCAAGUACCUCAUGAAUUGUGCCGAUGUCAACAAGGAUGGCAAGCUCGACUACAUGGAAUUCACAGAAAGAUUUUACGUUCCAGCUAAGGACAUUGGUUUCAGCUAUGCCAUGCUGUUGACAAACCUUUCUGAGCACUUGCCGAAUGACAACAGGCUUAGCACCUUUAGGGAGACAUGGAAAGAUUUGCUGAGUCAUUUUGAACCUUGUCUUGGCCGCAUUGAAAUUAUGGGGCAAAGUGGACGCGUGGAACGACUAUACUUUGAUGUGAAAAUGUCUAGACGACAACAGUGGAUGGAACCUCAGAUUCAAGAAUCAAAACGAGCGUUUUUGCACUCAGUUAACAGGGCAAGUCAGAAAGAAAAGCUGCAAGAAUUUGUUAGCUUUUGUGAGGACACGAUAUUUGAGAUGGAACAUGCAGCAUCUAUAAGUGAUACUGAACAACAGCAGCGACUGUUGCUAGCUGAGAAACAUUUGGAAAUGCAUCAAACUUUGACAGGAACGGAACAACAGCACCAUGUGCAUCUCCAUCAGGAACGUCAUACGUGGUUUCCAAACAUCACAAAACAACUUGGGCGCUUAGCAUGGAUAAAGUUUCUGUUUUACGUACCGCUGAUUGUUUUAAUACAAUUUGGAAGAUCAAUAUUGAAGAAAUCACGAAACAUGUUUUUGGAUGUGUAUGGACAUGAAUUGCUGGUGAGAGAUAACUCUGUAGAAAUGGUGUCUCAUCUGGAACCAAACGCUACUCAUUCAAGCAGAGAUUUGUCUCUAAAUGGUAAUUCAAGUGUAAGACAUCGAACAGUGUCAAAGUCAUUAUCUAUACCAUUUGUGAACACGAGUUUUAUGAAUCGAAGCAGGAAUAUAUCAGAUUCAGAAACGGUUGUUUCAAAAAUUUCAAGACUUGCACAAAGCACUCUGUCGUCAGAUAGUAAAGCAGUAGAUGCUUCAGCAGACAAGGCAACAGUGAAUUCCUCUUCAGACUCAGUAAGGCCCACAGACAAACUUGUAUCUACUACUGCAAAUGUUGAAGUUGAAGUUGUGGGUGCAAGCCACAUUACUGCUGCUGUUAAAGAUGUUGGGAGGUGUUUGUCUCUUCCUAGCUUAAAAGUCCCUCUUGAUCUAACAAGGUCAGUUUCUGAUCCUACAGGGGGUAGUUUGGUGGACGCUGCAACAAGGAGACGACAUUCAAUGAGGAGGCAGUCUACUGGUGUGGAGUUAAUUAUACCUGUAGGUAUCUUGGCUAGUGAUCCCUCAGUAAAGAGACCAGUGAUUAGAAAACGUCAAAGCAUUGACGAACAAAAUAACAGGAAAGAUUAUGCAAGGAGACUUGUUGCUACUCGCCAGUUUAGUCAAGAGUGUUCAGCUGCUCUCAUUGCAAGGAGACGUCGCCAAAGCGUGUCACAAGCUGUGUUUCUUGAGCGAUCAAAAAGUGUCAUCACUGAAGAAGUUUUGCAACAGAAUUCAGUCAAGAAGCAUUUCAAGAAUGACAGACCAUUACGUAGACUCAGUUCACCAUUGUUCGGUGUUGAGGAAGAGUCUGUAGCUGAUCAAAAAACGCCAUAUAUUCCAAAAGUGGCAGUAGCAAGGCGGAAAUUUCUUGCUAUGUUCUCAAGGAGUUACUACCAUGCAAGAGAUGCUGCUCUUGUUAUUGUGUUUGCUAUCAAUUUGAUCUUGCUUUUCUACAAAGCAAUUUCAGAACAUGAAGGGUAUGAAGCAUUGAUGCUUGAUGACUCAAACACUUACCUGAUAGUUAUGCUUAACAUCCUAAGUCGACUGCAUUUUGUAGCAUCAAUAUCUAUCUUGAUAGGAUAUGUUCAUCUCAAGAUACCACUUGUGAUAUUUAAAUAUGAGAAGUAUGUAGCUAGAGAGCUUGAAUUCCAUGGCACAUGGAUAGCAGGCCCUCCCAACAGUUGGACAGGAUAUUGGCAUUGGCUACUCAUUCAAAGCAGAAGUUUUCCUGUCAAUUAUUGGGACAAGAUGGUCAAGCAGAGGGUGUUGAAGCGUUACUCUCAGACAUUAGGUCAGUCUACUGUGGCAAAGAUUUUGAAUUUGGAAGAUGAGGAUAUGGACUGUUCCACGACAACUAUGCCAAGUCGUUUGCUGUUAUUGAUAAAGUUUGACUGGAGAUAUCAUUUGUGGACUCUUGGAGUUGUCUGCACAGACAGGGCAUUUCUGUACAACUUCAUGUAUAUGGCCUUCUCUGCACUAGGCAACUGGAAUCACUUUUUCUUUUCUGUACAUCUACUUGACAUUGUAAUGGGCUUCAAGCUACUGAGAACAGUUCUACAGUCUGUGACACUCAACUGGAAGCAGCUGUUGCUGACCUUCAUGAUGACCGUCGUAGUGGUGUAUAUUUACACUGUCCUGGCGUUCAACUUUUUUAGAAAAUUCUAUGUGAAAGAAGUUGAACAAGGUGUACGAGAUGCCAAAUGUCAGGAUAUGAUGACUUGCUUUGUGUUCCAUUUACAUCGAGGCCUUCGUGCUGGUGGAGGAAUUGGUGAUGAAAUCGAAGAUGCUCAUGGUGAUGACUAUGAAACAUUCAGAAUCAUCUUUGACAUAACCUUCUUCUUUGUCGUGAUUGUCAUUCUGCUUGCUAUUAUACAAGGUCUUAUCAUCGACUCCUUUGGUGAACUUCGAGAUCGAGCAGAGGAUGUUCAAACAGAGAUGGAGACCAAGUGUUUUGUGUGUGGCAUUUCUAAAGAUCAGUUUGACAAGAUCCCACACGGGUUUGAGUCACAUGUAACACAGGAACACAACAUGGCAAACUACAUGUUUUUCUUAAUGUAUUUAAUUAACAAACCAGAAACGGAGUACACAGGUCAGGAAUCUUACGUGUGGAAACUGUAUCAAGCCCGAUCUUGGGAUUUCUUUCCUGUUGGUGAUUGCUUUCGAUUCAGACAGGAAAAACUAUUGGAUUCGACUACAAAGCCAGUUGGUAGUGCAACUGAAUAAGUGAGAUGUCAUGAUAUUGUAAUUUGCAAGCAGAAAUCUUCAUACUAAAAGAUCAAACAGAGGUGCUCUACUUUUGCAGAAAUUUGUUGACCGUCAUUUGUUUAUUGAUUAUUAAUUGAGUAGAACAGUUAAUGUUUAGUGAUAUAUUAGACAUGGGAGAGUUGAAAUUUGGAAUAUUAUAAGUCCUUACAUUAAUUGAGGGGCUGACCUGUCAUACUUUCAACAAUGUCAA